UUUUUGGAAUCUUAGGUUGACUGCCUUGAAAUUUUCAACUGACCAAUAAAAUGAGGUAUUAUUCCUGCAAAUAGUAGAAGAGAAUAUCAGCUCUGCACGAAUCAGAGUGAGUCUUAUUAUGACCAAUCACAUUCAACUAUCAACGGAUUUUCACCAAUAGAAUGAUUUCAGCUUUACACUUUCGAUCAAGACGCUCGCCUUCUGUUGAUGAUUGUCGUGUUCUGUCGUUAUUCUGAUAUUUUGAAUUGAAAUUAUUUAAAAUACUUGUGUAAAGUGAUUAAAAAUGGCAAGAACCAAGCAGACCGCUCGUAAGUCUACCGGAGGAAAAGCCCCGCGUAAGCAGCUCGCCACUAAGGCCGCACGUAAAAGUGCACCGUCAACUGGUGGUGUCAAGAAACCUCAUCGUUACAGGCCCGGUACAGUAGCUCUGAGAGAAAUCAGGAGAUACCAGAAGUCGACUGAAUUGCUGAUCCGCAAGCUGCCGUUCCAGCGGCUUGUGCGUGAAAUCGCACAAGAUUUCAAGACUGAUCUUCGUUUCCAGAGCGCCGCCAUCGGUGCCUUGCAGGAAGCCAGUGAAGCCUACCUGGUGGGACUUUUCGAGGACACCAACUUGUGCGCCAUUCACGCCAAGCGCGUCACCAUCAUGCCCAAAGACAUCCAGCUUGCCAGGCGAAUUCGUGGCGAACGUGCUUAAUUUGAUACAUUUUUCAAGACUCACUGCCAGAGCAUUGUGUUUUUUUGUGUGCAUUUUCAAUGUAAACUCAAUUAUUUCAAUUUAUUACUGCAUAAACUUAAAAUGAUAAAAGUUUGUAUUAGUGUACCUGUUGAUGGUUCAAAGUUUUCUACACUCUCAUUUUGAAUGUAUGUUUGUUAAUUUUUAGUCUUAUUUUGCCUCUGUUCACCACCAGAAUAUAUUUUCUGUCAAGUUGACACAUUUUAACCAUCUAACUGUUAAUCAGUUGAGCUUGUACACUAAGUUCUUCAAAGGGCGAAGUACAGUAUUAUCCCUCCAAAUUGAAUGCUCUUGACAGGGUCUUGAUGUUACUACUUCAGCAUGAAAGGUAGCUCGCAAUAUCUAAAGUGUUCAAUUAUUCAUCUAAUUAAAAACUUUUCUCGACGAAAUAGUUACCUAUCAUGUAAAGUUUUAACAUUUCUACUUACAUCAGUGUUUUUUUUAUUCAGAGUACAGUACUAAGUUGUUUAAAGUGAUUGUGAAUGUACUCUCAACAUGGCGACAUAUUCCAAAUUGUGGUGAAGAGGCUGACACAAAAUUUAUAGUUUGUAUUUUUACACUUUUGAUGUAGGUAGUUGACUAAGCAGAAUGAAUGUUAUAUAAGUGAAUCUGGAAUGGUUUAUAAGUUCAUUAUUGUCGUUUAUGUUCUUUUGGAUUCUUUAGAUUAGUUAUUUUAUUAUUACUUACUAUAAUAAACAACUUAUGUCUUCGUUUCUAAGUAGGGUAAUAAAACUAUAAUAUGAGAA